AUGAAGACAUGGAGUAGAGGUACAAGAAGAAUGCUUGUUGAGAGAUUUGUGUUUUUCCUUCUUUCAGUCUGUCCUGUUCCCAUGUUGGACGAUGCUGGUAUAGACGAAUUACCCGAUCUGGUAGAGGUCUUUGUUGACGAACAUCAGUCUCCUACUUCGUCUCCUCUAAAUGGUACCCUGGGAACGGUAACUGGCGAGCCCGGCCAGGAGGUGAAAAUCAGGAUUGUCUUUAAAGACAAGGAUGAUAAAUCUCCCAUAGGAAAGAUCACGGUGACCACCAAAAAUACACAAACCGUUACCUUCAUUGUUACAACUCCAGAGGAUACUGAGUUGAGAAAGGAAGAGAUCGUAACCAAUCCAAGUGAGGAGAGUACUGUUGAGACAGACUUCACGGGCUUGAAAGGCAAAGAAUUAGAGAUUGUCUUCAAACCACAACCAGAUGGAACAGAUAGCAUUUCUGUCAAUAACUUGGGAAUCGAAGCAUGUAUUGAAAAGGCCACAAGUGUCACACCAACACCAUCUGUCACACCAAGUGUCACACAAUCGGUUACUCCUAGUGUCACACCAAGUGUCACACCAUCAGUUACACCAAGUGUAACACCAUCGGUUACUACAAGUGUCACACCAAGCGUUACACCAACACGAUCGGUUACGCCAAGCGUCACAUCAUCUGUUACACCAAGUGGCACACCAUCGGUUACUCCAAGUGUCACACCAAGCGUCACACCAUCAGUUACUGUAAGUUUCACACCAAGCGUCACACCAUCAGGUACUCCAAGUACCUCACCGUCAGUUACACCAAGUGUCACACCACCACCAUCUGUUACACCUAGCGUUACCCCAUCUGGUACUCCAAGUAUCACACCAAACGUUACACCAACACCAUCUGUCACACCAAGUGUAACACCAUCGGUUACUCCAAGUGUCACACCAAGCGUUACACCAACACCAUCGGUUACACCAAGUGUCACACCAUCGGUUACUACUAGUGUCACACCAAGCGUCACACCAUCAGUUACACCAAGUGUCACACCAUCGGUUACUCCAAGUGUCACAUCAUCUGUUACUCCAAGUGUUACUCCCAGCGUGAAUCCAUCUGUUACACCAAGCGUCACACCAACACCAUCUGUAACACCAAGCACACCAAGCGUUACACCAACACCAUCUGUCACACCAAGUGUCACACCAUCGGUUACUCCAAGUGUCACACCAAGCGUUACACCAACACCAUCGGUUACACCAAGUGUCACACCAUCGGUUACUCCUAGUGUCACACCAUCGGUUACUCCUAGUGUCACACCAAGCGUUACACCAACACCAUCGGUUACACCAAGUGUCACACCAUCGGUUACUCCUAGUGUCACACCAUCGGUUACUCCUAAUGUCACACCAAGCGUCACACCAUCAGUUACACCAAGUGUCACACCAAGUGUCACACCAUCAGUUACUCCAAGUGUCACACCAUCAGUUACUCCAAGUGUCACACCAUCAGUUACACCAAGUGUUACACCCAGCGUGACCCCAUCUGUUACACCAAGUGUUACACCCAGUGUUACACCUACACCAUCAGUCACUCCUAGCGUGACUCCAUCUGCAACACCAAGUGCCACACCAACUCCAUCGGUUACUCCAAGUGUCACACCAAGCGUUACACCAACACCAUCGGUUACACCAAGUGUCACACCAUCGGUUACUCCAAGUGUCACACCAAGUGUCACACCUUCUGUUACACCAAGUGUUACACCCAGUGUGACUCCAUCUGUUACGCCAAGUGUUACACCAAGCGUGACUCCAUCAGGCACACCAAGCGUUACACCAACACCAUCGGUUACACCAAGUGUCACACCAUCGGUUACUCCAAGUGUCACACCAAGCAUCACACCAUCAGUUACACCAAGUGUCACACCAUCGGUUACUCCAAGUGUCACACCAUCAGUUACACCAAGUGUUACACCCAGCGUGACUCCAUCUGUUACACCAAGUGUUACACCCAGCGUUACACCUACACCAUCAGUAACUCCUAGCGUGACUCCAUAUGUAACACCAAGUGCCACACCAACUCCAUCUGUUACACCAAGUGUUACACCAAGCGUGACUCCAUCAGCCACACCAAGCGUUACACCAACACCAUCUGUCACACCAAGUGUCACACCAUCGGUUACUCCAAGUGUCACACCAAGCGUUACACCAACACCAUCGGUUACACCAAGUGUCACACCAUCGGUUACUCCAAGUGUCACACCAAGCGUCACACCAUCAGUUACACCAAGUGUCACACCAUCGGUUACUCCAAGUGUCACACCAUCAGUUACACCAAGUGUCACACCUUCUGUUACACCAAGUGUUACACCCAGCGUGACUCCAUCUGCAACACCAAGUGUUACACCCAGCGUUACACCUACACCAUCAGUCACUCCUAGCGUGACUCCAUCUGCAACACCAAGUGCCACACCAACUCCAUCUGUUACACCAAGCGUGACUCCAUCAGCCACACCAAGCGUUACACCAACUCCAUCUGUCACACCAAGUGUCACACCAUCGGUUACUCCAAGUGUCACACCAAGCGUUACACCAACACCAUCGGUUACACCAAGUGUCACACCAUCGGUUACUCCUAGUGUCACACCAAGCGUCACACCAUCAGUUACACCAAGUGUCACACCAUCGGUUACUCCAAGUGUCACACCAAGUGUCACACCAUCAGUUACUCCAAGUGUCACACCAUCAGUUACUCCAAGUGUCACACCAUCAGUUACACCAAGUGUCACACCUUCUGUUACACCAAGUGUUACACCCAGCGUGACUCCAUCUGUUACACCAAGUGUUACACCCAGCGUUACACCUACACCAUCAGUCACUCCUAGCGUGACUCCAUCUGCAACACCAAGUGCCACACCAACUCCAUCUGUUACACCAAGUGUCACACCAAGCGUUACACCAACACCAUCUGUCACACCAAGUGUCACACCAUCGGUUACUCCAAGUGUCACACCAAGCGUUACACCAACACCAUCGGUUACACCAAGUGUCACACCAUCGGUUACUCCAAGUGUCACACCAAGCGUCACACCAUCAGUUACACCAAGUGUCACACCAUCGGUUACUCCAAGUGUCACACCAUCAGUCACACCUUCUGUUACACCAAGUGUUACACCCAGCGUGACUCCAUCUGUUACACCAAGUGUUACACCCAGCGUUACACCUACACCAUCAGUCACUCCUAGCGUGACUCCAUCUGCAACACCAAGUGCCACACCAACUCUAUCUGUUACACCAAGUGUGACUCCAUCAGCCACACCAAGCGUUACACCAACUCCAUCUGUCACACCAAGUGUCACACCAUCGGUUACUCCAAGUGUCACACCAAGCGUUACACCAACACCAUCGGUUACACCAAGUGUCACACCAUCGGUUACUCCUAGUGUCACACCAAGCGUCACACCAUCAGUUACACCAAGUGUCACACCAUCGGUUACUCCAAGUGUCACACCAAGUGUCACACCAUCAGUUACUCCAAGUGUCACACCAUCAGUUACUCCAAGUGUCACACCAUCAGUUACACCAAGUGUUACACCCAGCGUGACCCCAUCUGUUACACCAAGUGUUACACCCAGUGUUACACCUACACCAUCAGUCACUCCUAGCGUGACUCCAUCUUCAACACCAAGUGCCACACCAACUCCAUCGGUUACUCCAAGUGUCACACCAAGCGUUACACCAACACCAUCGGUUACACCAAGUGUCACACCAUCGGUUACUCCAAGUGUCACACCUUCUGUUACACCAAGUGUUACACCCAGUGUGACUCCAUCUGUUACGCCAAGUGUUACACCAAGCGUGACUCCAUCAGGCACACCAAGCGUUACACCAACACCAUCUGUCACACCAAGUGUCACACCAUCGGUUACUCCAAGUGUCACACCAAGCGUUACACCAACACCAUCGGUUACACCAAGUGUCACACCAUCGGUUACUCCAAGUGUCACACCAAGUGUCACACCAUCAGUUACUCCAAGUGUCACACCAUCGGUUACACCAAGUGUCACACCUUCUGUUACACCAAGUGUUACACCCAGCGUGACUCCAUCUGCAACACCAAGUGUUACACCCAGCGUUACACCUACACCAUCAGUAACUCCUAGCGUGACUCCAUCUGCAACACCAAGUGCCACACCAACUCCAUCUGUUACACCAAGCGUGACUCCAUCAGCCACACCAAGCGUUACACCAACACCAUCUGUCACACCAAGUGUCACACCAUCGGUUACUCCAAGUGUCACACCAAGCGUUACACCAACACCAUCGGUUACACCAAGUGUCACACCAUCGGUUACUCCAAGUGUCACACCAAGCGUCACACCAUCAGUUACACCAAGUGUCACACCAUCGGUUACUCCAAGUGUCACACCAUCAGUUACACCAAGUGUCACACCUUCUAUUACACCAAGUGUUACACCCAGCGUGACUCCAUCUGUUACACCAAGUGUUACACCCAGCGUUACACCUACACCAUCAGUCACUCCUAGCGUGACUCCAUCUGUAACACCAAGUGCCACACCAACUCCAUCUGUUACACCAAGUGUUACACCAAGCGUGACUCCAUCAGCCACACCAAGCGUUACACCAACACCAUCUGUCACACCAAGUGUCACACCAUCGGUUACUCCAAGUGUCACACCAAGCGUUACACCAACACCAUCGGUUACACCAAGUGUCACACCAUCGGUUACUCCUAGUGUCACACCAAGCGUCACACCAUCAGUUACACCAAGUGUCACACCAUCGGUUACUCCAAGUGUCACACCAAGUGUCACACCAUCAGUUACUCCAAGUGUCACACCAUCAGUUACUCCAAGUGUCACACCAUCAGUUACACCAAGUGUCACACCUUCUGUUACACCAAGUGUUACACCCAGCGUGACUCCAUCUGUUACACCAAGUGUUACACCCAGCGUUACACCUACACCAUCAGUCACUCCUAGCGUGACUCCAUCUGCAACACCAAGUGCCACACCAACUCCAUCUGUUACACCAAGUGUCACACCAAGCGUUACACCAACACCAUCUGUCACACCAAGUGUCACACCAUCGGUUACUCCAAGUGUCACACCAAGCGUUACACCAACACCAUCGGUUACACCAAGUGUCACACCAUCGGUUACUCCUAGUGUCACACCAAGCGUCACACCAUCAGUUACACCAAGUGUCACACCAUCGGUUACUCCAAGUGUCACACCAAGUGUCACACCAUCAGUUACUCCAAGUGUCACACCAUCAGUUACUCCAAGUGUCACACCUUCUGUUACACCAAGUGUUACACCCAGCGUGACUCCAUCUGUUACACCAAGUGUUACACCCAGCAUUACACCUACACCAUCAGUCACUCCUAGCGUGACUCCAUCUGCAACACCAAGUGCCACAUCAACUCCAUCUGUUACACCAAGUGUCACACCAAGCGUUACACCAACACCAUCUGUCACACCAAGUGUCACACCAUCGGUUACUCCAAGUGUCACACCAAGCGUUACACCAACACCAUCGGUUACACCAAGUGUCACACCAUCGGUUACUCCAAGUGUCACACCAAGCGUCACACCAUCAGUUACACCAAGUGUCACACCAUCGGUUACUCCAAGUGUCACACCAUCAGUUACACCAAGUGUCACACCUUCUAUUACACCAAGUGUUACACCCAGCGUGACUCCAUCUGUUACACCAAGUGUUACACCCAGCGUUACACCUACACCAUCAGUCACUCCUAGCGUGACUCCAUCUGUAACACCAAGUGCCACACCAACUCCAUCUGUUACACCAAGUGUUACACCAAGCGUGACUCCAUCAGCCACACCAAGCGUUACACCAACACCAUCUGUCACACCAAGUGUCACACCAUCGGUUACUCCAAGUGUCACACCAAGCGUUACACCAACACCAUCGGUUACACCAAGUGUCACACCAAGCGUCACACCAUCAGUUACACCAAGUGUCACACCAUCGGUUACUCCAAGUGUCACACCAUCAGUUACACCAAGUGUCACACCUUCUGUUACACCAAGUGUUACACCCAGCGUGACUCCAUCUGCAACACCAAGUGUUACACCCAGCGUUACACCUACACCAUCAGUAACUCCUAGCGUGACUCCAUCUGCAACACCAAGUGCCACACCAACUCCAUCUGUGACACCAAGCGUGACUCCAUCAGCCACACCAAGCGUUACACCAACACCAUCUGUCACACCAAGUGUCACACCAUCGGUUACUCCUAGUGUCACACCAAGCGUCACACCAUCAGUUACACCAAGCGUCACACCAUCGGUUACUCCAAGUGUCACACCAAGUGUCACACCAUCAGUUACUCCAAGUGUCACACCAUCAGUUACACCAAGUGUCACACCUUCUGUUACACCAAGUGUUACACCCAGCGUGACUCCAUCUGUUACACCAAGUGUUACACCCAGCGUUACACCUACACCAUCAGUAACUCCUAGCGUGACUCCAUCUGCAACACCAAGUGCCACACCAACUCCAUCUGUUACACCAAGUGUCACACCAAGCGUUACACCAACACCAUCUGUCACACCAAGUGUCACACCAUCGGUUACUCCAAGUGUCACACCAAGCGUUACACCAACACCAUCGGUUACACCAAGUGUCACACCAUCGGUUACUCCUAGUGUCACACCAAGCGUCACACCAUCAGUUACACCAAGUGUCACACCAUCGGUUACUCCAAGUGUCACACCAAGUGUCACACCAUCAGUUACUCCAAGUGUCACACCAUCAGUUACACCAAGUGUCACACCUUCUGUUACACCAAGUGUUACACCCAGCGUGACUCCAUCUGUUACACCAAGUGUUACACCCAGCGUUACACCUACACCAUCAGUCACUCCUAGCGUGACUCCAUCUGCAACACCAAGUGCCACACCAACUCCAUCUGUUACACCAAGUGUCACACCAAGCGUUACACCAACACCAUCUGUCACACCAAGUGUCACACCAUCGGUUACUCCAAGUGUCACACCAAGCGUUACACCAACACCAUCGGUUACACCAAGUGUCACACCAUCGGUUACUCCAAGUGUCACACCAUCAAUUACACCAAGUGUCACACCUUCUAUUACACCAAGUGUUACACCCAGCUUGACUCCAUCUGUUACACCAAGUGUUACACCCAGCGUUACACCUACACCAUCAGUCACUCCUAGCGUGACUCCAUCUGUAACACCAAGUGCCACACCAACUCCAUCUGUUACACCAAGUGUUACACCAAGCGUGACUCCAUCAGCCACACCAAGCAUUACACCAACACCAUCUGUCACACCAAGUGUCACACCAUCGGUUACACCAAGUGUCACACCAUCGGUUACUCCAAGUGUCACACCAAGCGUCACACCAUCAGUUACACCAAGUGUCACACCAUCGGUUACUCCAAGUGUCACACCAUCAGUUACACCAAGUGUCACACCUUCUGUUACACCAAGUGUUACACCCAGCGUGACUCCAUCUUUUACACCAAGUGUUACACCCAGCGUUACACCUACACCAUCAAUCACUCCUAGCGUGACUCCAUCUGCAACACCAAGUGCCACACCAACUCCAUCUGUUACACCAAGUGUUACACCAAGUGUGACUCCAUCAGGCACACCAAGUAUUACUCCAACACCAUCUGUUACACCAAGUAUCACACCAUCGGUUACACCAAGUGUCACACCAUCAGUUACACCAAGUGUCACACCAUCUGUUACCCCAAGUGUUACACCCAGCGUGACUCCAUCUGUCACACCCAGUGUUACACCAACACCAUCUGUAACACCAAGUGUCACACCAUCGGUUACUCCAAGUGUCACACCAUCGGUUACUCCAAGUAUCACACCAAGCGUUACACCAACGCCAUCCGUAACACCAAGUGUCACACCAUCUGUUACUCCAAGCGUUACACCAACACCAUCUGUAACACCAAGUGUCACACCAUCAGUAACUCCAAGUGUUACAACAAGUGCCACACCAUCAGUUACACCAUCAGUUACUCCAAGUGUCACACCAAGCGUCACACCAUCAGUUACACCAAGUGUCACACCAUCGGUUACUCCAAGUGUUACACCCAGCGUGACUCCAUCAGUCACACCCAGCGUUACACCAACACCAUCUGUUACCCCAAGUGUUACUCCCAGCGUGACUCCAUCUGUUACACCAAGCGUCACUCCAAGCGUUACACCAACACCAUCAGUGACACCAAGUGUCACGCCAUCGGUUACUCCAAGUGUUACACCCAGUGUGACUCCAUCUGUAACACCAAGCGUUACACCAACACCAUCUGUAACACCAAGUGUCACACCAUCGGUUACACCAAGUGCCACACCAACUCCAUCUGUUACACCAAGUAUCACACCAUCGGUUACACCAAGUGUCACACCAUCAGUUACACCAAGUGUCACACCAUCUGUUACCCCAAGUGUUACACCCAGCGUGACUCCAUCUGUCACACCCAGUGUUACACCAACACCAUCUGUAACACCAAGUGUCACACCAUCGGUUACUCCAAGUGUCACACCAUCGGUUACUCCAAGUAUCACACCAUCAGUUACUCCAAGUAUCACACCAAGCGUUACACCAACGCCAUCCGUAACACCAAGUGUCACACCAUCUGUUACUCCAAGCGUUACACCAACACCAUCUGUAACACCAAGUGUCACACCAUCAGUUACUCCAAGUGUUACAACAAGUGCCACACCAUCAGUUACACCAUCAGUUACUCCAAGUGUCACACCAAGCGUCACACCAUCAGUUACACCAAGUGUCACACCAUCGGUUACUCCAAGUGUUACACCCAGCGUGACUCCAUCAGUCACACCCAGCGUUACACCAACACCAUCUGUUACACCAAGUGUUACUCCCAGCGUGACUCCAUCUGUUACACCAAGCGUCACUCCAAGCGUUACACCAACACCAUCAGUGACACCAAGUGUCACGCCAUCGGUUACUCCAAGUGUUACACCCAGUGUGACUCCAUCUGUAACACCAAGCGUUACACCAACACCAUCUGUAACACCAAGUGUCACACCAUCGGUUACACCAAGUGCCACACCAACUCCAUCUGUUACACCAAGUAUCACACCAUCAGUUACACCAAGUGUCACGCCAUCUGUCACACCAAGCGUUACACCAACACCAUCUGCAACUCCUAGCGUGACUGCAUCAAGUACUCCAAGUGUAACACCAAGCGUUACACCCACACCAUCUGUAACACCAAGUGUCACACCAUCGGUUACUCCAAGUGUCACACCAUCUGUUACUCCAAGUGUCACACCAUCAGUUACUCCAAGUGUCACACCAUCGGUUACUCCAAGUGUUACACCUAGCGUUACACCAAGCGUUACACCAACACCAUCAGUGACACCAAGUGUCACGCCAUCGGUUACUCCAAGUGUUACUCCUAGCGUGACUCCAUCUAUCACACCAAGCAUUACACCAACACCAUCUGUAACCCCAAGUGUUACACCCUCUGUUACCCCAAGUGUUACACCCAGCUUGACUCCAUCUGUUACACCAAGUGUUACUCCUAGCGUGACACCAACUGGCACACCGAGCGUUACACCAACACCAUCUGUAACACCAAGUAUCACACCAUCGGUUACACCGAGUGUCACACCAUCUGUUACUCCAAGUGUUACACCAUCUGUUACCCCAAGUGUUACUCCCAGCGUGACUCCAUCUGUUACACCAAGCGUUACACCAACGCCAUCUGUAACACCAAGUGUAACACCAUCGGUUACUCCAAGCGUCACACCAUCAGUUACACCAAGUGUCACACCGUCUGUUACCCCAAGCGUUACUCCCAGCGUGACUCCAUCUGUUACACCAAGCGUCACACCAACGCCAUCUGUAACACCAAGUGUCACACCAUCAGUUACACCAAGUGUCACACCAUCGGUUACACCAAGCGUCACACCAUCAGUUACACCAAGUGUCACACCGUCUGUUACUCCAAGCGUUACUCCCAGCGUGACUCCAUCUGUUACACCAAGCGUCACACCAACGCAAUCUGUAACACCAAGUGUCACACCAUCAGUUACACCAAGUGUCACACCAUCAGUUACUCCAAGUGUUACACCAUCUGUUACCCCAAGUGUUACUCCAAGCUUGACUCCAUCUGUCACACCCAGUGUUACACCAACACCAUCUGUAACACCAAGUGUUACUCCCAGCAUGACUCCAUCUGUUACACCAAGCGUUACACCAACGCCAUCUGUAACACCAAGUGUAACACCAUCGGUUACUCCAAGCGUCACACCAUCAGUUACACCAAGUGUCACACCGUCUGUUACCCCAAGCGUUACUCCCAGCGUGACUCCAUCUGUUACACCAAGCGUCACACCAACGCCAUCUGUAACACCAAGUGUCACACCAUCAGUUACACCAAGUGUCACACCAUCGGUUACACCAAGCGUCACACCAUCAGUUACACCAAGUGUCACACCAUCAGUUACUCCAAGUGUUACGCCCAGUGUUACACCUACACCAUCAGUUACUCCUAGCGUAACUCCAUCUGUAACACCAAGUGUCACACCAACACCAUCUGUUACACCAAGUGUGACGCCAUCAGGUACUCCAAGUAUAACUCCAACACCAUCAGCUACUCCAGGUGUCACACCAUCAGUUACUCCAAGUGUCACACCCAGUGUGACUCCCUCUGUUACACCAAGCGUUACACCAACACCAUCAGGUACUCCGAGUGUCACACCGAGCGGAACGCCAACGCCAUCUGCUACACCAAGUGUAACACCAUCGGGUACCCCAAGUGGCACUACAACCUUAUCUACUACUCCAAGAUCAACAACAGGAAAUCCUUGUCUUGAAGUGAAUGGAAUGCUUGAUUCUGCCAUUAUUCCUAGCAACUAUAUAACAUUAAGCGAACCAUCCCUUCAGUCGGAGGUGGACAAGCUUAGAAAUGAGUCGCUCGUUGUACCAGUUGGAAUUUCAACAUUUACAAUAACAAUUGAUUUGCCUGGUGACACUGAGUUGGGCUCCAUUGAUUUGGGAUCACCCUCAAAUAUCAAAAAAUUUGAAGUGUAUCUGAAGAAAUCUACUGAGAUCUCGGCCACUCUCUACACGGAAGUAACAGACUCGAACUCAUUGGUUUUCCCUUCGGGGACAAUAGCAGAUCAAGUGACCAUCACUCUCCUGGAAAAGAUUGAUAUUAACCAAGGCUAUGUAGUGGAGCUUGAUCUACGCGCAUGUUUCGAAACUGGAACAACUAGUGUUAAACCUCAAACCCCACCAUCUACAACUGAAGCAACUGAAUCGACACCAAUAACCACUCCAAGUGGAUCAACACCAAGUGGAACCACAUCUAUCACAGUCCCGUCUACACCGGCAACAAAGGUCUCCACCCCAUCCAUAACAACACCUUCUUCAGUAUCACCAACACCAAGCAUAACAAUCCCUACUCAAUCAACACCAUCAGUUACCCCAAGUGUAACACCUUCAGCUACUUCAAGUGUCACACCCUCAGGUACACCAAGCGUAACACCAACCCCAUCUGUGACACCAAGCGUCACACCAUCAGUUACACCAUCUGUAACACCAAGUGUCACACCAUCCGUUACACCAAGUGUCACACCAUCUGUUACUCCAAGUGUCACACCAUCAGUUACCCCAAGUGUUACACCCAGCGUGACUCCAUCUGUCACACCCAGCGUUACACCGACACCAUCUGUUACACCAAGUGUUACUCCCAGCGUGACUCCAUCUGUUACACCAAGCAUCACACCAACACCAUCUGUAACACCAAGUGUCACACCAUCAGUUACACCAAGCGUCACACCAAGUGUCACACCAUCUGUUACUCCAAGUGUCACACCAUCGGUUACCCCAAGUGUUACACCCAGCGUGACUCCAUCUGUCACACCCAGCGUUACACCAACACCAUCUGUUACACCAAGUGUUACUCCCAGCGUGACUCCAUCUGUUACACCAAGCGUCACACCAACACCAUCUGUAACACCAAGUGUCACACCAUCGGUUACUCCAAGUGUCACACCAAGCGUCACACCAUCAGUUACACCAAGUGUUACACCAUCGGUUACUCCAAGUGUCACACCAUCGGUUACCCCAAGUGUUACACCCAGCGUGACUCCAUCUGUCACACCCAGCGUUACACCGACACCAUCUGUUACACCAAGUGUUACUCCCAGCGUGACUCCAUCUGUUACACCAAGCGUCACACCAACACCAUCUGUAACACCAAGUGUCACACCAUCGAUUACUCCAAGUGUAACACCAAGCGUCACACCAUCAGUUACACCAAGUGUCACACCAUCGGUUACUCCAAGUGUCACACCAUCUGUUACUCCAAGUGUUACUUCCAGCGUGACUUCAUCUGCUACACCAAGCGUCACACCAACACCAUCUGUAACACCAAGUGUCACACCCUCAGUUACACCAAGUGUCACACCAUCGGUUACUCCAAGUGUCACACCAUCAGUUACACCAAGUGUCACACCAUCUGUUACACCAAGUGCGACUCCAUCAGGCACACCAAGCGUAACUCCAACACCAUCUGUUACACCAAGCGUUACACCAACGCCAUCUGUGACACCAAGCGUCACACCAUCCGUUACACCAAGUGUCACACCAUCCGUUACACCAAGUGUCACUCCAUCUGUUACACCAAGCGUCACACCAUCUGUUACUCCAAGUGUCACACCAUCGGUUACCCCAAGUGUUACACCCAGCGUGACUCCAUCUGUCACACCCAGCGUUACACCAACACCAUCUGUUACACCAAGUGUUACUCCCAGCGUGACUCCAUCUGUUACACCAAGCGUCACACCAACACCAUCUGUAACACCAAGUGUCACGCCAUCUGUUACACCAAGCCUUACACCUAGCGUCACACCAUCUGUUACUCCAAGCGUCACACCAUCGGUUACCCCAAGUGUUACACCCAGCGUGACUCCAUCUGUCACACCCAGCGUUACACCAACACCAUCUGUUACACCAAGUGUUACUCCCAGCGUGACUCCAUCUGUUACACCAAGCGUCACACCAACGCCAUCUGUAACACCAAGUGUCACACCCUCAGUUACACCAAGUGUCACACCAUCGGUUACUCCAAGUGUCACACCAAGCGUCACACCAUCAGUUACACCAAGUGUCACACCCUCGGUUACUCCAAGUGUCACACCAUAUGUUACUCCAAGUGUUACUCCCAGCGUGACUCCAUCUGUUACACCAAGCGUCACACCAACACCAUCUGUAACACCAAGUGUUACUCCCAGCGUGACUCCAUCUGUUACACCAAGCGUCACACCAACGCCAUCUGUAACACCAAGUGUCACACCCUCAGUUACACCAAGUGUCACACCAUCGGUUACUCCAAGUGUCACACCAAGCGUCACACCAUCAGUUACACCAAGUGUCACACCCUCGGUUACUCCAAGUGUCACACCAUCUGUUACUCCAAGUGUUACUCCCAGCCUGACUCCUUCUGUUACACCAAGCGUCACACCAACACCAUCUGUAACACCAAGUGUUACUCCCAGCGUGACUCCAUCUGUUACACCAAGCGUCACACCAACGCCAUCUGUAACACCAAGUGUCACACCCUCAGUUACACCAAGUGUCACACCAUCGGUUACUCCAAGUGUCACACCAAGCGUCACACCCUCAGUUACACCAAGUGUCACACCAUCGGUUACUCCAAGUGUCACACCUAGCGUCACACCAUCAGUUACACCAAGUGUCACACCAUCUGUUACACCAAGCGUGACUCCAUCAGGCACACCAAGCGUAACUCCAACACCAUCUGUUACACCAAGCGUUACACCAACGCCAUCUGUGACACCAAGCGUCACACCAUCCGUUACACCAAGUGUCACACCAUCCGUUACACCAAGUGUCACUCCAUCUGUUACACCAAGCGUCACACCAUCUGUUACUCCAAGUGUCACACCAUCGGUUACCCCAAGUGUUACACCCAGCGUGACUCCAUCUGUCACACCCAGCGUUACACCAACACCAUCUGUUACACCAAGUGUUACUCCCAGCGUGACUCCAUCUGUUACACCAAGCGUCACACCAACACCAUCUGUAACACCAAGUGUCACGCCAUCUGUUACACCAAGCCUUACACCUAGCGUCACACCAUCUGUUACUCCAAGCGUCACACCAUCGGUUACCCCAAGUGUUACACCCAGCGUGACUCCAUCUGUCACACCCAGCGUUACACCAACACCAUCUGUUACACCAAGUGUUACUCCCAGCGUGACUCCAUCUGUUACACCAAGCGUCACACCAACGCCAUCUGUAACACCAAGUGUCACACCCUCAGUUACACCAAGUGUCACACCAUCGGUUACUCCAAGUGUCACACCAAGCGUCACACCAUCAGUUACACCAAGUGUCACACCCUCGGUUACUCCAAGUGUCACACCAUCUGUUACUCCAAGUGUUACUCCCAGCCUGACUCCAUCUGUUACACCAAGCGUCACACCAACACCAUCUGUAACACCAAGUGUUACUCCCAGCGUGACUCCAUCUGUUACACCAAGCGUCACACCAACGCCAUCUGUAACACCAAGUGUCACACCCUCAGUUACACCAAGUGUCACACCAUCGGUUACUCCAAGUGUCACACCAAGCGUCACACCCUCAGUUACACCAAGUGUCACACCAUCGGUUACUCCAAGUGUCACACCUAGCGUCACACCAUCAGUUACACCAAGUGUCACACCAUCUGUUACACCAAGCGUGACUCCAUCAGGCACACCAAGCGUAACUCCAACACCAUCUGUUACACCAAGCGUUACACCAACGCCAUCUGUGACACCAAGCGUCACACCAUCCGUUACACCAAGUGUCACACCAUCUGUUACUCCAAGUGUCACACCAUCGGUUACCCCAAGUGUUACACCCAGCGUGACUCCAUCUGUCACACCCAGCGUUACACCAACACCAUCUGUUACACCAAGUGUUACUCCCAGCGUGACUCCAUCUGUUACACCAAGCGUCACACCAACACCAUCUGUAACACCAAGUGUCACGCCAUCUGUUACACCAAGCCUUACACCUAGCGUCACACCAUCUGUUACUCCAAGCGUCACACCAUCGGUUACCCCAAGUGUUACACCCAGCGUGACUCCAUCUGUCACACCCAGCGUUACACCAACACCAUCUGUUACACCAAGUGUUACUCCCAGCGUGACUCCAUCUGUUACACCAAGCGUCACACCAACGCCAUCUGUAACACCAAGUGUCACACCCUCAGUUACACCAAGUGUCACACCAUCGGUUACUCCAAGUGUCACACCAAGCGUCACACCAUCAGUUACACCAAGUGUCACACCCUCGGUUACUCCAAGUGUCACACCAUCUGUUACUCCAAGUGUUACUCCCAGCCUGACUCCAUCUGUUACACCAAGCGUCACACCAACACCAUCUGUAACACCAAGUGUUACUCCCAGCGUGACUCCAUCUGUUACACCAAGCGUCACACCAACGCCAUCUGUAACACCAAGUGUCACACCCUCAGUUACACCAAGUGUCACACCAUCGGUUACUCCAAGUGUCACACCAAGCGUCACACCCUCAGUUACACCAAGUGUCACACCAUCGGUUACUCCAAGUGUCACACCUAGCGUCACACCAUCAGUUACACCAAGUGUCACACCAUCUGUUACACCAAGCGUGACUCCAUCAGGCACACCAAGCGUAACUCCAACACCAUCUGUUACACCAAGCGUUACACCAACGCCAUCUGUGACACCAAGCGUCACACCAUCCGUUACACCAAGUGUCACACCAUCCGUUACACCAAGUGUCACUCCAUCUGUUACACCAAGCGUCACACCAUCUGUUACUCCAAGUGUCACACCAUCGGUUACCCCAAGUGUUACACCCAGCGUGACUCCAUCUGUCACACCCAGCGUUACACCAACACCAUCUGUUACACCAAGUGUUACUCCCAGCGUGACUCCAUCUGUUACACCAAGCGUCACACCAACACCAUCUGUAACACCAAGUGUCACGCCAUCUGUUACACCAAGCCUUACACCUAGCGUCACACCAUCUGUUACUCCAAGCGUCACACCAUCGGUUACCCCAAGUGUUACACCCAGCGUGACUCCAUCUGUCACACCCAGCGUUACACCAACACCAUCUGUUACACCAAGUGUUACUCCCAGCGUGACUCCAUCUGUUACACCAAGCGUCACACCAACGCCAUCUGUAACACCAAGUGUCACACCCUCAGUUACACCAAGUGUCACACCAUCGGUUACUCCAAGUGUCACACCAAGCGUCACACCAUCAGUUACACCAAGUGUCACACCCUCGGUUACUCCAAGUGUCACACCAUCUGUUACUCCAAGUGUUACUCCCAGCCUGACUCCAUCUGUUACACCAAGCGUCACACCAACACCAUCUGUAACACCAAGUGUUACUCCCAGCGUGACUCCAUCUGUUACACCAAGCGUCACACCAACGCCAUCUGUAACACCAAGUGUCACACCCUCAGUUACACCAAGUGUCACACCAUCGGUUACUCCAAGUGUCACACCAAGCGUCACACCCUCAGUUACACCAAGUGUCACACCAUCGGUUACUCCAAGUGUCACACCUAGCGUCACACCAUCAGUUACACCAAGUGUCACACCAUCUGUUACACCAAGCGUGACUCCAUCAGGCACACCAAGCGUAACUCCAACACCAUCUGUUACACCAAGCGUUACACCAACGCCAUCUGUGACACCAAGCGUCACACCAUCCGUUACACCAAGUGUCACACCAUCCGUUACACCAAGUGUCACUCCAUCUGUUACACCAAGCGUCACACCAUCUGUUACUCCAAGUGUCACACCAUCGGUUACCCCAAGUGUUACACCCAGCGUGACUCCAUCUGUCACACCCAGCGUUACACCAACACCAUCUGUUACACCAAGUGUUACUCCCAGCGUGACUCCAUCUGUUACACCAAGCGUCACACCAACACCAUCUGUAACACCAAGUGUCACGCCAUCUGUUACACCAAGCCUUACACCUAGCGUCACACCAUCUGUUACUCCAAGCGUCACACCAUCGGUUACCCCAAGUGUUACACCCAGCGUGACUCCAUCUGUCACACCCAGCGUUACACCAACACCAUCUGUUACACCAAGUGUUACUCCCAGCGUGACUCCAUCUGUUACACCAAGCGUCACACCAACGCCAUCUGUAACACCAAGUGUCACACCCUCAGUUACACCAAGUGUCACACCAUCGGUUACUCCAAGUGUCACACCAAGCGUCACACCAUCAGUUACACCAAGUGUCACACCCUCAGUUACACCAAGUGUCACACCAUCGGUUACUCCAAGUGUCACUCCAAGCGUCACACCAUCAGUUACACCAAGUGUCACACCAUCGGUUACUCCAAGUGUCACUCCAUCUGUUACUCCAAGUGUUACUCCCAGCGUCACUCCAUCUGUUACACCAAGCGUUACACCAACACCAUCUAUAACACCAAGUGUUACUCCCAGCGUGACUCCAUCUGUGACACCAAGCGUCACACCAACGCCAUCUCUAACACCAAGUGUCACACCCUCAGUUACACCAAGUGUCACACCAUCGGUUACUCCAAGUGUCACUCCAAGCGUCACACCAUCAGUUACACCAAGUGUCACACCAUCGGUGACUCCAAGUGUUACACCAUCUGUUACUCCAAGUGUUACUCCCAGUGUGACUCCAUCUGUUACACCAAGCGUCACACCAACACCAUCUGUAACACCAAGUGUCACACCCUCAGUUACACCAAGUGUCACACCAAGCGCCACACCAACGCCAUCUCUAACACCAAGUGUCACACCCUCAGUUACACCAAGUGUCACACCAUCGGUUACUCCAAGUGUCACUCCAAGCGUCACACCAUCAGUUACACCAAGUGUCACACAAUCGGUUACUCCAAGUGUCACUCCAUCUGUUACUCCAAGUGUUACUCCCAGCGUGACUCCAUCUGUUACACCAAGCGUUACACCAACACCAUCUAUAACACCAAGUGUUACUCCCAGCGUGACUCCAUCUGUGACACCAAGCGUCACACCAACGCCAUCUGUAACACCAAGUGUCACACCCUCAGUUACACCAAGUGUCACACCAUCGGUUACUCCAAGUGUCACUCCAAGCGUCACACCAUCAGUUACACCAAGUGUCACACCAUCGGUGACUCCAAGUGUUACACCAUCUGUUACUCCAAGUGUUACUCCCAGUGUGACUCCAUCUGUUACACCAAGCGUCACACCAACACCAUCUGUAACACCAAGUGUCACACCCUCAGUUACACCAAGUGUCACACCAAGUGUCACACCAUCGGUUACACCAACACCAUCUGUUACACCAAGUGUUACUCCCAGCGUGACUCCAUCUGUUACACCAAGCGUCACACCAUCGGUUACUCCAAGUGUCACACCAUCGGUUACUCCAAGUGUUACUCCCAGCGUGACUCCAUCUGUUACACCAAGCGUCACACCAACACCAUCUGUGACACCAAGUGUCACACCCUCAGUUACACCAAGUGUCACACCUAGCGUCACACCAUCAGUUACACCAAGUGUCACACCAUCUGUUACACCAAGCGUGACUCCAUCAGGCACACCAAGCGUAACUCCAACACCAUCUGUUACACCAAGCGUUACACCAACGCCAUCUGUGACACCAAGCGUCACACCAUCAGUUACACCAAGUGUCACACCAUCUGUAACACCAAGUGUCACACCAUCAGUUACACCAAGUGUCACACCAUCUGUUACACCAAGCGUCACACCAUCUGUUACUCCAAGUGUCACACCAUCGGUUACCCCAAGUGUUACACCCAGCGUGACUCCAUCUGUCACACCCAGCGUUACACCAACACCGUCUGUUACACCAAGCGUCACACCAACACCAUCUGUAACACCAAGUGUCACACCCUCAGUUACACCAAGCGUCACACCAACACCAUCUGUAACACCAAGUGUUACACCAUCAGUUACACCAAGUGUCACACCAUCUGUUACUCCAAGUGUCACACCAUCGGUUACCCCAAGUGUCACACCAUCGGUUACUCCAAGUGUCACACCAAGCGUCACACCAUCAGUUACACCAAGUGUCACACCAUCGGUUACUCCAAGUGUUACACCAUCCGUUACACCAAGUGUUACUCCCAGCGUGACUCCAUCAGGCACACCAAGCGUAACUCCCACACCAUCAGUUACACCAAGCGUAACACCUAGCGUGACUCCAUCGGUUACUCCUAGUGCGACACCAAGCGUUACACCAACACCAUCGGUUACACCAAGUGUCACACCAUCAGUUACUCCAAGUGUCACACCAUCAGUUACACCAAGUGUCACACCAUCGGUUACUCCUAGUGUCACACCAUCAGUUACACCAAGUGUCACACCCAGCGUGACUCCAUCUGUUACACCCAGUGUUACACCAACACCCUCUGUUACGCCAAGUGUUACUCCCAGCGUGACUCCAUCUGCUACACCCAGCGUUACACCAACGCCAUCUGUAACACCAAGUGUCACACCAUCGAUUACACCAAGUGUCACACCAUCGGUUACCCCAAGUGUCACACCAUCAGUAACUGAAACUGCAACAACAACCAUUGCAACAGAAACAACACCAGUUACAACACCAAGUGUCACACCAACCCCAUCUGUUACUCCAAGUGUCACUCCCAGUGUAACGCCAUCAGUUACUCCAUCUGUCACACCAAGUGUCACACCAACACCAGCUGUCACACCAAGUGUCACACCAACACCAUCUGUCACACCAAGUGUUACACCAACACCAUCUGUUACACCAAGUGUUACCCCUUCGGUUACUCCAAGUGUUACACCAAGCGUUACUCCAUCAGUUACACCAAGUGUCACACCAAGCGUCACACCAACACCAGCUGUUACACCAAGUGUCACACCUUCUGUUACUCCAAGUGUCACACCAUCUGUAACACCAAGUGUCACACCAACACCAUCUGUUACACCAAGUGUCACACCUUCAGCUACCCCAAGCGUCACACCUAGUGCUGGUACUCCAAGUGUCACACCAAGCACAGAAACAAGCACAACAGAAACAACAGAAAAGCCAAAGGUUGUAACGACAACAAUACUCACCACAACGCCUGUCAUCACAACAACUGGACCAACGAUUUCAACCACAAUCACACCGACAACUCCUUCAACAGGAACACCAUGUGUAAAGACUACUCUGACCUAUGCCAACGUUGGCGAUGCUUUGACGGUCUCGCCAGUCGCAGCCGAAUACUCUCUGUUGAAUUCUGGUGGUACCUUAACCGAGCAGACUAGUACCGUGACCUACAGAAUCAAUGGGGAAAACGCACAAAUAUUCUCUAUCUCGCUCACAGUGAAGAACAUCGAGGAAUUCACAACUGAAAUUUGGUCAGGCGAGUCUUUGGUCACUUCCCAGUCAACGAACGUGCCAGUGACCACAACAACAACAUCUCACACAAUACAGUUGAAUGGAACCGUCGGAAGAUUUGUUAACCUGGUACUGACUCCGGUAACAGGACAGACUUUAUUACUUUCGGAUGUAUCCAUCGUAGCGUGCUAUACCCCAGUGACAACACCAACCGCUCCCACGACAGUAUCGCCAACCACACGGCCAACGACCCCCACCACUCGGAAGCCAACAACCACACCGUGUGCUGAAACGAUGAUAUCCGAGGGAAGCAAUAUGGAUGCCGUAGAUAUCGUUUAUCCAGCAUUGACCAAUCCACUGAAUGUAUUUAUCAGUAGUGGAAUAACAAUUACCGGAUCCACCCCUAAACUUGAGUUCGUCCUGCGUGACCAAGACAAAACCGCAGCCGUGUCCACUGUGUCUUUCGAAACUACCAACGUUUCUAAGGUCAAGAUCACUUUACUGGACAAGUUGGCCGCCGAAGUUAAGAGUGUUGAGAGCAACCCAGUGAAUGGUGCAGUUAGCGUGAAUCUUGAUGGAUCCGAAGGAGAGAGAAUUACGAUUGAGUUUACUAAAUCUUCCUCAACACAACCUGUAACAGUAUCGUCUCUGGGAAUCAUGGCUUGUAUCGAAAUAGUUUCAACCACUACCACCGUUACACUGCCAACCACCACUGUUAAACCAUGUGUAUUCAGCAAGGAGGACUUCGUCAAUAACUUUGGAUAUGAACCUGCUCACGUCAUCGGUUACGUCAACAAAGACAAUGACGAUUCUGUGAUUUCCGAAUCGGAGAAAAUUUACGUCGGAGACUCUCUUGACGACGGUGUCAUUGUUAUCAUCAACGGCUGUAGUAACUGUUCUUGCGUGGACGGUUACAUCAACUGCAUGAUCGGAACAUGUGAAGAAUGUACUUACUCGACCUGGAGUGAAUGGUCGGGUUGCUCCAAACCGUGCGGUGUCGGUCGCAGGGAGAGGACAAGAACUGUCAACACAACCCUGAGUCCAGAUCUGUGUAAAGAAACAUUACAUGAAUCUGAGGAAUGUAACGUUGAUCCAUGUCCAACCACCACCCCAGUGUGCGAGGCUUGGUCUCAGUGGUCUGAAUGUAAUGCUGUUAACUGUACACCCGGAACAAAGACAAGGACCAGAGACUGUGCCGGAAAUGUCGACAGUGAAAACGAGGCAUGUUUUGUUUCCACAGACUGCGGCCCAGUAAACUGCACGGAUAAUGAGAUUUACAACAACUGUUCCGAACCUGUCCAACACUGCCCAUCUACAUGUAAAGACUUAAGGAAUCCUGACAGCUGUGUGGAAACUGACGACUGCGAACCAGCUUGUUACUGUCGUCCAGGAUACGUUAGGGACGAAAACGGCAAUUGUAUUAAGGAGGUUGAAUGUCCCUGUUACCAUAACAACGAACCGGUACCGGAAGGACACGUCAUCGUAGUAUCGGAUUGCGAGACAUGUAAAUGCGAGAACAGGUCAAUGUCGUGUUCUGUAAAUACAUCAUGUUGUGAGUACACUGAAUGGCAGACGUGGUCAGAAUGCAGCACCACAUGUGGUACAGGACUCCAGAGCCGAUACAGAUACGUGAAGAAGGGUGAUGGAGACAAAUGUCCUAAUCUGCACGAAACCAGACAGUGCGAGAACACGUCCACUGAGUGUGUACAAUGUAUCUACCAGGGUCAAACUUACGCCACGGGCGACGUUGUAUCCACAGCAAACUGCAAGAUAUGUUACUGCUACAGUAUCGGCAGCGUCAUGUGCAAAGAUGAUCCAACGCAGGACGUAAAUGGAACUUGGUCAACAUGGCAAUCAUGGAGCACAUGUAGUUCCACGUGCACAGGUGGUCACCGGAAGAGAGUUAGAAUAUGUAACAACCCAACACCGACCUGCAACGGAUACCCAUGUUCCGGCUCAAACGAGGAAACGGAACAAUGCAAUGAAGACAAAUCUUGUUGUGUCACUACACCAUGGAGCACGUGGUCAGACUGUACUAAGACCUGCGAUGGGCCCGGACAGCAGUUCAGGAACCGUCAAUAUGUCAAUGUAGACAACCCCAACUGUAAUGAAACGCUAACAGAAAGUCAACCGUGUGGAGAGGAACCGUGCAACAAGGAAUGCGUGAUUUCCGAAUGGACGAGCUGGACAGAAUGUGUGGUGCCAUGUGGACAGGGUAAAGUCACACGAGAACGAGAAAUCAUUGUCAAUGCAACUGACUGCCCCGAUAAUCUGUAUGAAGAGAAGGACUGUGACAACGGAAACUGCACAUGUCCCGACGGACAGAUCUGGUCCAACUAUUCGCUCUGCCAAAGAACGUGUGUAACACGAGACCAGAACAUUGAUGACGAGUGUAAUAAGAUCGUCCCCGGAUGUAAAUGUCCUGAAGGUUAUUUCAUGGAAUACAAUAAAUGUGUCAACAUUACCGACUGUCAGAAGUGUGUUAUCAACGGAACCGAAUACCAGCCCUCUGAUCCAAUACCAUCACCAGACCCGUGCAAGUACUGUGAGUGUGUUGAUGGCGAGAUGGUGUGUAGCCGGCGUUGUGAGAUACCAGUCUGCAAAGAGGGUGAAGAACUUUCCUAUGAAGGCAUAACCGAUCAGUGUUGCCCGGUCUGUAGACCAAAACCUACUACAUGCGAGCUUCACACAGAUAAACGAGUUAUUAACGAUUCCAUCACUGGAUGCGUGUCAGUUGGAGAGGUAGAAUACACUUACUGCUCUGGUUCCUGUGGUGAUUCCAACUACAUGCCACUCAUAGUCCCAAGCGGUUCCACAGAAGACGGCUUCUCCAAGACCUGCAAAUGUUGUACUGGAGAAUCUUCCUCCGAAAAAGUGAUCAAUGUGAGGUGUGGUCCUCUACAGACGCUACAACAAGCCAGGAUAAAGAUUAUUGACAGCUGUUCUUGUGAUAUAUGUAGCACGACGGUGAGUGAAGAGAAUCGAGCUAACGCCGCGCCGGGACAGUAACACCACAACUACUAUGAGGACUGUGAAUACUAACGUUAGCCAAUGAAAACUAAAUAAAGGCUGUGAUUAGUAACAUUAACCAAUGACUUACUCGCAGAGACCAUUUAUUUUUAUGUUGAAAUGAAUUUACAUAUCACGUGUUUAUUUGUUCAUUAUUGAAACAUCUAUUAAAAGAAUGCAAUUAUA